GUGUGAAGCAGUCGCGCAAUACUCAGUGUGGUUAGUGCCAUGAAGCGAGGAGCUUGCGUUGAUCUAGUGAUAUUCACAGCAGUGCUUAUCACACAGUGCGUCGCAGUUCCGAUACGAGAGGACGCACCUGGCAUUGAAAUUAUGCCGGCCGCGGUAUCGAAUAGCGGAUUGGAUUACGUCGUCGUUAGCAAUAGGGUGCCAGACGAAACACCAAAAGUCACCAACAAUGUGAUUCCAACGGUUGCCCAGCAAACCAGCGUCUAUCAGGACCCAUUCCAAUAUCAGCAGCAACCGCAGUAUUUCCCAGUGGGUCAACCUCAAUAUGUCACCGUCCAGAGACCACCGCAGCAGCAACAGCAACCUCAGCAGCAACAACAGCCACAGCAAUACUGGUAUCAACAACCGGUCUAUCAGUAUCAGGUGCAGCCAUCAACACCAUACUAUGGGCAACAAUAUGCGGCGAGGCCCGGUUCAACAGGCGCUUCAUCUUCACCAGGUAUUUUGCAAACAAUCGCCAACGCUUUUGGCUUAACAAGCAGCGGAAAUCCGGCCGGCUCAGGCAGCAACCGAUUACCUUCCAUUAGUUCACUAUUUGGAUAGAUCCACGAAGUUCUUUUAAUAAACUUACAAACGGAAUCGUAGUCCUAUAAAAUCCACUUCGUUAUCCUUUAGAUUUACUUACCCAGGGCUGCGGGUCAGUCGUCUUUCCUUCCAAAGCGAGAAGGUCGUCUUAUUCUUUAUCCUUGGAGGUCCUCCUGGAAUGUCGCUGGAGCGCCGACUGGUCCGGAGAUCGGUGAUGUGCCGACUGAUUUUGUACCGAUUCCAGCGCCCGUUUGCACACACGCUCAAUAAUGCUGAUGCAACGCCACGGAACGGUAGGCGCUGACGAUGAUCCCGGACCGGAUUUCUUUAAGCGUGAUUUGAAGUUAGUGGUCGCGCCGUUAGCCC